CCGCAGUCUUGUCCCGUCUGCGGUGUAGUCUGGGGUCUUGGGUCUGGUCUGGGGUCUUGUCCCCAGUUGUGUUCUCUGUCCCCGGUCUGUCUCCUCACACUUCUGGUGGUGUGUUGCAGGUGGUGGCUCCAGCUCCUGUCGACUGCACUUACCGGCUCUAUAUCUGCCACGGCUUUGCAAGUCUCUGGAUCAUCUGGCUCCGCUGCUGCCUCAUCACCAGGACACAGUGCUCCCGAGGCUGCAGUCCCCGCUGGCCGGUUUGGCGUCUGCUUCCUUGGGAUCGGACAGAGAUCUCUUGCUGGUUUUCCAGUUGACUGCCGCCGGUGAUCUUUUCAUCCAGAGACUCUUACAGAAGGCGGCCAACACACCAGAUGACAUUACAGUACAGUCCCCUGUGUCUGACUCCGCCCCUGAGGAGCCAGUUGCUAGCACCUCCCACCAGUCAGCCCCUGAGGAUGAGGCUGUAAGCUGCAGUGCUAUGUCUAGUCACCUGGUUUCUCCCGGCACUUUCCCCUCACCCCUGCGGUCUAAUAGUAGCUUCUGCAGGUGGCUCCAUGAUUUGUACAGAGCCCGCCCCCAAGGAGGGCCUGCCCCCCGCCCACGAUGCUCACUACAACAACGUUCCCUUUCAGAGAAGAUGAGGGACAACACCCCAGAAGUGUCCAGACUGAGGGAGCAUCUACGGCAGACUAUGAGGAGGGGAGUGCUCGUCCCCCCAGAGGCCACAUCCCCCAGGUUAGAGGCCGUCCAUACAGAUGGCUGGAAGGAUCCACUGAGCGAGCGUCUGACAGCGUCCUGGGAGGGGGCACUGGGGCUGUGGUGGGAGGAUCUACUGGGGACAAACAAGGAGAAGAAGAUCCGGGCGCUGAGAGAAAAACGACUAAGACUGAAACGGGCCCGGACCCGAAGCGCGCUGUCCGGGAGCUUCACCUCAAUCGCCUCCGAACCUUAUGAGAGAGAGGCCGCCUCUCCGUGGUCAGGGGACAGUGCCCCAGGGUUAGACUCAUCUGCUGACCUCAUAGCAGUGCCCUCCACCAGUGAGGACCCUGCAGGAGACUCCUCAGCCAUCACAGUCCUCUCCUCACAGUCUCUACAGGUCAAAGGAAUCCCGCACGAGAAGAGACUGGUGCUGCGAGAGUUCCUCUCCUCCACUGUGACCGCUCCCGCACCUCUGCCCACGGCCUCCCAGCCACACUCUCAGUCCCAGCCACACUCCCAGUCCCAGCCACACUCCCAGUCCCAGCCACACUCUCAGUCCCAGGCUGUGUCCCAGCCACACGCUCAGUUGGAGCCAUUCCCCCAGUCACUCUUCCAGCCACUCUCUGAAUCGCAGUCACUCUUCCAGUCCCAGCCCCUCUCUCAGUCCCAGCCCCUCUCUCAGUCGCAGUCACUUUCCCAAUCUCGGUCCUUGCAGUCUCAGGCCUCGAGGAAGAGAUUUCGGAUGGGAUUUUAAGGAAGUGCGCCUGUCCACACCACACUAUGAUGCACAUUAUGACUGCAGCUCUGGAUGUGACUGGAGCACUAGACCGUGCAGCCGCUCACACAUUUCUGUAUACAUAAAGCUUGUAUAAAGAAGAGCUCUAACAUCAGCUGAUUUGUUUGGGAGCCCUAAAAAUAAAGAAGAAAUACAA